GAGAACGAGGUGCAGCUGGGAUGUAAAGUGUUAAAGGUCCUGAAACCUGUGGAUUUAUAGAUGUCUCACAUGCAGCUCUGCAGGGUUUUACAUGUUCAUCACAUCUGGGUCAGGAGGCCCUGCAUGCCAGCGGCAGCAGGACAGGCGUCUGCAUGUCUGCUGUCAGGACGGACACAUAAAUACCUGGACGUCCAGACGCUGCUUUCACUGUCAGACUGUCCGUUGCAGGUGGAAGACAGAAGAGGAAGAGAGAGACGCCAACAUGGUCCCACUGAGGCUGGUCGCCUUCGGCUUGCUGGCUGCAGCCUGGUAUUUCACUCGUGCUGCCGAGGGAGAGGUCCUCUACGCCUGUCACAAUGACACUGCAAACAUAGCAUGUGAGGUUGGCAGUAAGAUAAAGCUGGAGCACAUCCUGUACAAGGUCGGCGUGGGGACGAGGUGUGGGGAGGGAAAACGCCACCCAGACGACGGACCCGACACCUACUGCUCCUUCCCCUGGGCUGAGAUGGUGGUGGAGGAUCUCUGUGCUAACAAGAAGUCCUGUGAGGUCCCGGUCACGGAGUGGGUGUUUGGUGAAUACCCCUGUAAGGAGCAGACCAGAUACCUGGAGGUAUCCUACAGCUGCGCCACACCGCCUCCACCUCCUCCACCUCCUCCACCUCCAACCAAACCUGACUGUGUCGACAAAUCAGCCACUGAAGCCUGACGCUUUCAAACUUUAUUGUUCAUCACUGUUGAACGAUAUGAAGACACAGCGACUGAUCGGACGUGUCGUGAUGUCACAGAAUCAUGUUUGCUCUUCAACACAUGUUCAGAGUUUUGUACAGUUUCUGUUUGAAAAAGAUGAAAACAUGUUUGAGCUCAUUGACUCAAGAAGGAUUUUAAACCAAUAAAAUCAUCGUUCACUUUGAGAAAUAAA